AUGGGAAUGAAACAAGUAAUCAAAAACCUCGACGCAUUUCCUCGCGCAGAGGAUCAUUUAUUGCAGAAAACCCAAUCCGGUGCUCUCGUUUCGGUAAUUGGUUUAAUUAUAAUGGCUACGCUGUUUAUUCACGAGCUGGGUUAUUAUCUCACAAUUUACACUGUUCACGAGAUGUCAGUGGACUUGAAUCGUGGAGAAACUCUUCCAAUUCAUAUAAAUAUGACAUUCCCUUCUUUACCUUGUGAUGUUUUGAGUGUGGAUGCUAUUGAUAUGUCUGGCAAGCAUGAGGUGGAUCUUGAUACUAACAUAUGGAAAAAUCAGGAAAUUGCUGAGUGUGCAUUGAGUUAUAGUUUUACCCUCAGAUUAAUGGUAGUCUAUGUUGGAAAAAAAUUCCUUAAAACUUGA